UUUCUGUUCCCUCAAUCUGCGGUCCCCCUCUUCUUCCUAACCAAGUCAUUUCAUUCUUGUCCUCUCCACAAUCUCUACCAACUUCCUCACCUCACCAUUCUAUUUCCACCCAACUGAGAGUCUUGACUCUCUAUCACACUCCUUUGGAAGGUCGCUGUCGGUGAAUACACUCUAUUACACCCUUUGAUCAGGAAAUUCUUUUCACCUUCAACCUUUCGUCGUCGUCAACUUCACCUUUGAAUCCUGAGAUCAACAACACCAGCCGCCUGUCAACAACCUGUCCGUUAUCAAUCCCAUCAACCCAAUACCAAAGAACUACACGAACCCUUCACAAUGAAGCUCAUCACCAUCGCCCUUGUUGGCGCCUCGGCCGUGGCCGCGGCUUCCCACCGCCACGUGCAUCGCCAUGCUCCCCACGCCCACGGCUCCGCUGUCGCCAAGCGCGCCGACAAGACCGUCAUUGAGGACGCCGUCGUGACCAAGUACGAGAUGAACGGCAAGGAGCUCAACGCCGCGAAGGUCGAGCAGGGUGUCAAGGACGGAAUCUACAUCCUCAUCGACGACACGACCUCUGCUGCUCCUGUUGCAACCAAGGCCGCCGUCGCCGCUGCCGGUGAGUUCUUGGAGCAGAAGAAGCCCACCACCCCAGUGGCUCCAUCAACCACCGCGACGCCACCGCCUCCCCCACCGACCACGAGCGCCGCCCCUCCCGUGUCGACCCCGGCUCCUUCUUCGGGAGGUGGUUCCGGUGCCACCGGUAUUGAUGCCGACUUCCCCAGCGGAACCAUCGACUGCGGCCAUUUCCCCUCCGAGUACGGCGCUAUCGGGGCCAGCUGGCUCAAGCUCGGCGGCUGGAUCGGUCUCCAGAUGACCCCCAGCUUCACCCCCGGCGACGCCGCGAUCCACCUGAUCAACACCGGCAUUGCUGGAGACAACUGCAGCAAGAACUCCUUCUGCUCGUACGCCUGCCCACCCGGCUACCAGAAGUCCCAGUGGCCCUCUUCCCAGGGCGGAACCGGCCAGUCCAUCGGCGGUCUCUACUGUAACGCGCAGGGCAAGCUCGAGCUCACCAACCCCACUCUCGCGAAGACUCUCUGCAUGAAGGGAACCGGCGAGGUCAAGGUCAAGAACACCAUCGGCCGCAACGUGCCCAUCUGCCGUACCGAUUACCCCGGCACCGAGUCUGAGACCGUCCCACUUAACACUCUGCCGGGCCAGGAGUAUGAGCUCACCUGCCCCGACGCCAACAAGUACUACAGAUGGGGCAACGCCGCUACCUCCGCGCAGUACUACAUCAACCCCGCUGGAUCCCCAGUUGAGGAUGCGUGCCGCUGGAACGAGGCGGGUUCUAACAUGGGUAACUGGGCCCCGGUCAACCUUGGUGUCGGAAAGGGACCGACUGGUCAGACUUACAUCUCCAUCUUUGCCAACAAGCCUACCAACCCGGAUGGAAAGCUCAACUUCAACUUGGAGAUUGUGGGUGAUGUUAGUGGGAAGUGCGCGUACAUUGAUGGCCAGUUCUAUAACAAUGGUGUGGUUGACCCAAGUGGUUGCACUGUCCUCGUCACCGGCACUGCCAUCUACAAGAUCUACUAGAUUCCUCUCUAGCUUCUUGUACCAACACUUCUACCAUCGCGCUACCAGUUCGAUUUCCAGUACAGCCAUCCCAAGUCUGCUUAUUUGUCGAGACAUUCCUGAACACGCACGUACAUAAUAAGAUGUCCCUGCAACACACAAACUAGUUUAUAGCAGUUACAUGAAAUGAUGAUUCUUUCUAAAACACA